UUCAUUCUUCCAAUACCAUUACAUUCUUUCCAACCUGGGGUUUUAUUUAUUUAACACACCCACUUCAGAUUCUUCAUUUCUCUGAUUCUUUGAUGAGGUUUUGGUAUUACUAGUGCUACGAAUUUCAUGAUUUUAUGAAGUUUUUGAGCUGAUUUGAUCGUAAUUUGCUUUAAACCAAGUCAACAAAGUAACAAAAUCAAGUAUGUUCUGUUGGGUUUUCAUUCAUUUUGUCAACUACUUUGUAUCCCCAAUGGUUUGAAAAAAUCUGCAAGGAAAUGGGUUCUUCAGAAAAUGAUGUUCCAGUACCAGCACUCCCAGUUAAUGAGCCCUUCUUCUCAAUAAGAGAUUAUGUUCUUGCAGCCCGGGAUAAGAAUAUCUCUCGUAACUGGCCAUUUCCUGAGAAAUAUUUGCAAACUUGUAUGAUACAUGGGGUCUCUAAGGUGCUCCCUCCGUUUGACUCUCAUAAAUCUGUGAAGAACUUACUGUACAGAAAAGAAAAGAAGUCUGAUAUUGGUUCGGUACUAAAAGAAUGUACGGGUGUCGACCGCGGAAAGGAAAUUGUUCAAGUUAAUUGUAACAUAAGCACUUUGAAUACAAAUUCCAACGAAGAAAUGGAUGAGCAGGGUAUUACAGCCGAGGCAUCCUGCUCCAAGAGGUUAAAUUCCAAUGGACAAGAAGAGAAUUUUAUUUGUGUGAAGGAUGUGAAAUGUGAUAUUGCUCCAGUACAAAAUAUCUGUGAGGGUCACGACCGCGAAGAAGAAAUUCUUGAAGAAAAUGAUAAUGUAAUAAGCACUUCGAAUUCAAAUCCAAUGUCCAACAUCGAAGAGAACUCUUGUGAUGUCAAUAUGAAAUCUGAUAAUGGUUCCAUACGAAAACACUGUGUAGGUCUCAACUGCAGAGAAGAGCUAGUUAAAGUUAAUGGUGAUGUAAGUGCUACGUCGAAUUCAAAUCUGAAGUCCAAUGAAGAAGAAAACUCUGGUUGCGUCAAGGGUGACAAACCUGAUACUGGUGCAGUAACAUGUGUAGGUUUCGACUGCAAAGAAAUGAUUGGAGUUAAUGGUAAUGAAAGCACUUCGAAUUCAAAUCCAAGGUCCAACGUAGAAGAGAACUCUAGUUAUGCCAAGGAUAUGGAAUCUGAUAUUGGUUCAAUUCAGAAAACCUGUGUAGGUCUCGACCGCAGAGAAGAUAUUUUUGAAGUUAAUGGUGUUGUAAGUGCUACUUCAAAUUCAAAUCUGAAGCCCAAGAGAGACGAAAAUUCUGAUUGUAUCAAGGAUGACAAGUUGGAUACUGGUGCAAUAACCUGUGUAGGGCAAGACUGCAAAGAAAUAAGUGAGGUUAGUGGAAAUGUAAGCCCUUCAGAUUCAAAUCAAAGGUCCAACAUUGAAGAGAACUCUAGUUGUGUCAAGGAUAUGAAAUUUGGUAUGGGUUCAGUACAGAAAAACCGUGUAGGUCUCGACCGCGGAAAAGAUAUUUUUGAAGCAAGUGAUGUUGUAUGUGCUACUUCGAGUGACCGCAGAAAAGAUAUUUUUAAAGUUAAUGGUGUUGUCUGUGGUACUUCGAGUUCAAAUUUGAAGUCCAACAGAGACGAAAACUUUGAUUGUAUCAGGGAUGACAAAUCUGAUACUGGUGCAGUAACCUGUGUAGGUAAUGACUGUAAAGAAAUAGUUGAAGCUAAUGGAAAUGUAGGCACUUCAGAUUCAAAUCCAAGGUCCAAUGAAGAAGGGAACUCUAAUCAUGUCAAGGACAACAAAUCCGAUACUGGUGCAAUAAACUUUGUAGGUGUCGACUGUGAAGAAGAAAUAAUUGAAGUUAAUGGUAAUGCAAGCACUUCAAAUUUAAAUCCAGGGUCCAAUGAAGACGAGAACUCUGAUAUCGGUUCCUUACAAAAUAACUGUGUAGGUUUCAAUCACGAAGAAGAAACAAUUGAAGUUAAUAGUAAUGUAAACAGUACUUCAAAUUCAAACCGGAAGUUCAGUGAAGAAAUGGAUGAGCAGUGUCUUGAAGCAGCGGCUUCCUGCUCCAAGAGGUUGAAUUCCAAACGGAAUAAACGGAAGAGGAAAGCUAAAAUGCGGCUGGUGGCUGAUGUUGUUGCAGAUGCAAAGCCUGACACUUUGGAGGAACGAGACAAGAUUAAUGGGUCGACUUGGGCCAUUGAUCAACGCGUAAUUUAUCGACGUAUGUCAAGUAGAAUAAAAGAUGAAGAUGAAGUUGAUGGAAUCAAGGAAACUACUGCUAUAAAUUAUAUACUAGAAACAAGGUCAGCUGAGAGGCUUCAGAAGAUAAGGCAGGAUAGAAAGAAUAACAAUACUGCUGAGGAUGACAUUAAUGUUGUUGAGAAAAAGCCUACACUUGAGGUCAAGCUUAAACAUCGUAAACCCCAACCAUCAACAGUAGAAGUGAAUACUCCUAUAAAAAAUGACAGCAAGAGCAAACCAGUAGUUACAAGGUCUCAGGUAAAGCGUAGUUUGCGCAGUGUAAACGGAGUAUCAACCAUCAGGCGACUAAGGAGUAGAGGAAAAUCUUGAAUGAUACGCAUAUUUGUCAUAUCACAAUAUUUUUGAAUCAGGGAAAGAUUUUGACAUUUUUGACGAGAAUCAAGCUUAAAACAACUGAUACGAUCAUGAAUGAUUCUCUCGCACAACAUCUGUCUGCAGUGUCUUGCAGGAAACAAUCAUGCAAGAGGAUAUGAAACUACUAAGCAACAGGUUAUUACGUCUUGUCAGGUCAGCCUGUCAUAAUCGGGAUGGGUGCGAAUCAACUUUUUGCGGAGAUAUUGGUCGCUGGAGCACGUGAUAGUAAUUAUUAAUCAGAGAGAUGAUAGCUAUCUGAUUGCAUUCUUAUGGUGUUUAUUCUACUACUGCAUGCAACCUUGCAACAUUAUCUGAAGCUGUUACCUUGGCAAUGCAGAAAAUGAGAUUGAAAUUGAUAUUCCAAAGCUAUGCCCUUCUGCAAUGCUGUUGUACUGAUAAUGCAGACAUGAUAUGUUCAGUCCUCCUGCAAUGUUGUUGUACUGAUAAUGCAUUAAUGAUACUUUAAAUUAAUACUUUUGCGAUGUUGUACUGGCAAAUUUGAUAGGG